AUGGGUAGGUUCUUCAGUUAAUAAGCAUAUUUUAAUUCAUUAGCCAAUGGGAACGUUUUUCAGGUGAUUUGGUGAUUAAAGUAAUACUACACUACAAAAGUCGUAUUUCUUGUCUCACCUGACCCUUGCGAUAACUGUACGCAACGCUCUAUCCAUUUUAGCUAAUCAAGACGGCUAAAACACAGGCCAAUUGCGUCUUCGUAAUAUACCCGAUGUUAUGUGGUCAGGUGCAAGCGAAAGUAUUAAGUGUGUUGAUCUUGGUACUCAUCAGAUAUUGACGACUGUUAUCCCAGCCCGUGUGAAAACAAUGGAACAUGUAUUGACGGUGUGAACAACUACAUGUGUGCUUGCGUACCUGGAUUUGAAGGAAAGAACUGCUCCAUUGGUAAGCUCUCAAACAACUUUGAUCAACCUAUCCUUUUAUUCAAAAGUCAACAGAAAUAUUUUCUAGGUGUUGUUUUGAACAAUAACGUCCGUUGGACCAGUGAAAAUAAUAUUUGCUGCCUCAUAAGUCUGUUCUUCUUUUUUUCAGACAUUGAUGACUGUGAUCCUUACCCGUGUCUAAACAAUGGAGCAUGCAUAGAUGGUGUAAAUAACUAUACUUGCGCAUGCUCUUCUGGUUUUGAAGGGAGGAACUGCAGCAUCAGUAAGUUUUUUUUUAUUAUUACUGUAUUUAUAAUGUUGGUGUUUUUAACUUAAAAUAUGAAUUUGGACAAUUGCCUGUUAAUAUAACAAAUAAUAGUUUAGGAAGGAAGGAAGGAGGGAAGGAGAUGCAGGAUCAGUAAGUUUUUUUUUUAAGGCCCUAAAAAUGAAAUGGGUAAAAAGCUAUUUAGAUGAUCAAGAUACAGGGAAAUGGAAGCUUUUUUUCAAUCAUCGACUAGCACAAUUUGGAGGGAAAUUAGUUUUCUGGGGAAACUUAAGCCCUAAAGACGUUCGUUUCCUUAAUCUGCGAGAUCCAUUUUUAGCUGAGAUUAUGGAAUAUUGGACGACCCUAAAUUAUAAGGACAACAAUCUAGAUUUCACGUCAGCUCAGAUCUGGCAUAACUCCCUCAUAAGAAUAGAGAACAAACCAAUUUUCUAUAAAUCUUGGUUCACCGCAGGUGUGAAAGAUGUUAAAGACAUCCUUGACACGGACGGAAAGUCUAUAUUAAGCUAUACUGCAUUUACCGCUAAAUAUAAAAUCAAGACUAACUUUCUAGAAUCCUAUAAGGUAGUAUCAGCCGUUAAACUGUUCAGGCAAAAGUGUUCUCAACAACCCAAUAGAGGACCCAAAACCAAGACCUUUGGGCAAACAUUAUUAGCCUCAGAAAAAGCCUGUAAAACCGUUUACAAAUCAAUUAUCGAAAAAAAAAGCCACCACCCCUCUUAAAAGCCAGGAAAAAUGGCUGUCUAAGGAAAAUAUAAUAGGAAAUGCGAAUGUGAACUGGGAGAAUACAUACCGCUUCCCCUUUCUGUGUACAACAGAAACAAGGUUACGAGUGUUCCAAUUCAUGUUCCUCCACAGACGAAUAGCAACAAACGACUUCCUCUUUAAAAUCGGCCUAAAACAAGCAGACUCCCGUUCUUUCUGCGGGGAAUUUACUGAAACCCUUGCCCACUUGUUCUGGUAUUGCAGUUACACUCAAAAAUUCUGGAAAGACAUUUAUGGAUAACUCAAAACACCACCUUAAACAAAUCCAUUGCCUUCUCUCCUCUUAUCUGUCUUGGACUAAUUGAUAAUCUCUGAUUUAUUACUACAUCAUCUUUUCCUUAUCGCCAAACGAUAUAUUUACACAUGUAAGUUAAAUAACUGCAACCCUGCGCUACAGGUUUAUAUACAAACCGUUAUGAACUCCUUGGAAAUUGAAAAAGAGAUUGCCUCUAAUAAUAACAAUAUGUCCUCCUUCGAAAACAAAUGGAGCCCUCUUAAACUUUGCCCCUCGGACAAAUAAACUUGCUGUUAUUAAAUAAUUCCAAAAGUUCCAAAAGUUAAAAGUGAUGCAGAAACAAAUGCAAAUGCAAAUCACCUUUUAGUUGGUAGGACAGACUCCUUAUGUUUUUGUUGUAUCGUGUUUUAUUUUGCAAUUUUGCAAAUAGUAGUCAAUUUUGUAAAAUUGUUUUUUAGGCUUAAUUAGUUGCAAAUGCUGUAACAUCGUAUUUUUCCUUUAUCUCUUGUACCUUGUUUUUUUUUUUCCUCCAUGUAAAUGUAAGUAUUGUCAUUAGAAGUGUUGUAACCAAAUAAAUGUUAUUUUAAAAAAAAAAAAAAAAAAAGUUUUUUUUUUACUGACCAAAUUUUAGCAAGCGUUUAAAAGUUAAAGUACGAUGUAGACGAUUUCAAGUUUCCGUAGAUCAAAUGGUAGGUUCCUCCAUCCUUCUCCGCUUUUUACCAUUAUAAUAAUGAAACAUGUAUAUCUUUUUCCCGCGUCAAAUCUUUAAUUGGAGUUUGAAGGUGCGAAUUUGCGAAGUACUUUCAAAAAAUAAAACUUAGUAAAUAAAUAAAUAAAUAGGUAUAAUGUACUCCAGUGAACGAUAAAUUCAUUAUUAAGAAUUUUUUAUAGUUCUAUUUUAUCUAUCUAUUUAAUAAUAUAUUUAUUUGCUUAUUUUUUUGUUAACUUAUUUCUUUGUUUUAAAAAGGAUGCAUAAAAAAGUAAAGCUUAUUCAAUUCGCUUAAUGUGUGCAUCAUGGUUUCACAGAUAUUGAUGACUGUUAUCCCAGCCCAUGUGAGAACAAUGGAACAUGUAUUGACGGUGUGAGCAACUACACUUGUGCUUGCGUACCUGGAUUUGAAGGAAAGAACUGCUCUGUGGGUAGGGUCUUCAGUUAAUAAGCAUAUUUUAAUUCAUUAGCCAAUGGGAACGUUUUUCAGGUGAUUUGGUGAUUAAAGUAAUGCUACACUACAAAAGUCGUAUUUAUUGUCUCACCUGGCCCUUGCGAUAACUGUACGUAACGCUCCGUCCAUUUUAGCUGAUCAAGACGGGUAAAACACAGGCCAAUUGCGUCUUCGUAAUAUACCCGAUGUUAUGUAGUCAGGUGCAAGCGAAAGUAUUAAGUGUGUUGAUCUUGGUACUCAUCAGAUAUUGACGACUGUUAUCCCAGCCCGUGUGAAAACAAUGGAACAUGUAUUGACGGUGUGAACAACUACAAGUGCGCUUGCGUACCUGGAUUUGAAGGAAAGAACUGCUCCAUUGGUAAGCUCUCAAACAACUUUGAUCAACCUAUCCUUUUAUUCAAAAGUCAACAGAAAUGUUUUCUAGGUGUUGUUUUGAACAAUAACGUCCGUUGGACCAGUGAAAAUAAUAUUUGCUGCCUCAUAAGUCUGUUCUUCCUUUUUUUCAGACAUUGAUGACUGUGAUCCUUACCCGUGUCUAAACAAUGGAGCAUGCAUAGAUGGUGUAAAUAACUAUACUUGCGCAUGCUCUUCUGGCUUUGAAGGGAGGAACUGCAGCAUCAGUAAGUUUUUUUUUCAUUAUUACUGUAUUUAUAAUGUUGGUGUUUUUAACUUAAAAUAUGAAUUUGGACAAUUGCCUGUUACUAUAACAAAUAAUAGUUUAGGAAGGAAGGAAGGAGAUGCAGGGUCAGUAAGUUUUUUUUUUUUACUGACGAAAUUUUAGCAAGCGUUUAAAAGUUAAAGUACGAUGUAGACGAUUUCAAGUUUCCGCAGAUCAAAUGGUAGGUUCCUCCAUCCUUCUCCGCUUUUUACCAUUAUAAUAAUGAAACAUGUAUAUCUUUUUCCCGCGUCAAAUCUUUAAUUGGAGUUUGAAGGUGCGAAUUUGCGAAGUACUUUCAAAAAAUAAAACUUGGUAAAUAAAUAAAUAAGUAUAAUGUACUCAAGUGAACGAUAAAUUCAUUAUUAAGAAUUUCUUUUUGUAGUUUUAUUUUAUCUAUUUAUUUAAUAACAUAUUUAUUUCCUUAUUUUUUUGUUAACUUAUUUCUUUGUUUUAAAAAGGAUGCAUAAGAAAGUAAAGCUUAUUCAAUCGCUUAAUGUGUGCAUCAUGGUUUCACAGAUAUUGAUGACUGUUAUCCCAGCCCAUGUGAGAACAAUGGAACAUGUAUUGACGGUGUGAGCAACUACACUUGUGCUUGCGUACCUGGAUUUGAAGGAAAAAACUGCACCAUUAGUAAGUAUUAAUGAACAACCUUGAUUAGUAUAUUUAAUUCAUCAAAAAAGGGAACGUUUUAAAGGUACUGUUAUGUUUUUUAUUAUUAUUUUGCCAAAAAAAAAGCACAAAAUAUUCAUAUAUUCCAAAAAAAUUGAUAUAUUCAAAAAAUAUUCAAGUUGAGGAAAAUGAAAAUAAUGCAAGAAUAAACGAGAAAAAAAAACCAAGGAAGCAAAAAAAAAAUACACACAAGCAUUAGGAGAGCUAAAGUGUGUUUAUACCAAGAAAAAAUGACUUAAGUUUAGAAUCAAACAAAGUAGUACUAGAGGCAUUCUGAAUUUCGGGGCUAAGGGAAUUAAUAUUUUGGGUCCUUGAAAACGAAGUGAAAAUUUCGUUACAUUUGUCCUGCAGUAGGGCAAACGGAAGGAAUUCUUACUUCUAGUGUUAUAUGAAUGUAAGUCAGAGUUAAGCAAUACGUUUGUAUUGCUUAACUAGUAUUAUGGACAAUACGUUUGUCCGCCAGACCGUUAAAAAUGGUCGAGUUAAGUUUGUUUUUCUGGCUCUCUGUCAGACAAAGAUGACUGUGCUCCCUACCCGUGUGUAAACAAUGGAACAUGCGUAGAUGAUGUGAAUAACUAUACCUGUGCAUGUCACCCUGGCUUUGAAGGGAGAGACUGCAGCAUCAGUAAGUUCUAUUUUUAUUUCUUUCUUUUUUUUUUUUUAAACUGGUUAAGAUGUGUUAUUGAACAGAACGAAACAACUGAAAAACCUCACAGUGUUCUGUUAACUGGAACGGGAACCACUCUGGUGCUGAAUACCUUAUAUUAUUUUGAGCAAGACUUGCCGUCAUUUUAUGAAGCGGGGUAAUUAAAUUUUUAAAUUGACUGGAUAUGGUUUGACACGGAAACUAGAAUUGCUUCCACAUUAGCAAGUCGUCUGCUACGUGACGUAGAUCUUGUCGUAAUGCUUUCAACAGGAUGAAACUCGAUCGCAUGAUGAAAAGAAAAAUGCCGAGAGAAAUGCACCGGUAGCUAAAGGACCAGCUUAACUGUGUUUCUGUUCGCAUGGAGAAAAAGAGGACAUGAAAAUGAUAGUUGAUGUAGGUCACUAGUCAAUCGUGAUUCGAACCCCCUCGCUUUUUUUCUCGCUCCAUUUUUCCAUGAUCUUGAAGCCAGGAACAGGCUUAUUUAGACUUGAAGAAAUUUUGUGUGACCCAGAAACAAAAUCGCAACAUCCUACCUGUGCAUCUCUUUGCAAAGGCCCUUGCCCGUCUAAAUCGAAGUUUCUCCCUGCCUUCCAUGCUCUGAAAGCGUCUGAUACAACUUUGAUCUUUGCUGGUUUUGAGGAAAGAACUGCACCCAUAGUAAGUAUCAAAACAGUCAAUGGAAACGUUUUCAAGGUGUUUGUCCACCAGACUUAAAAGUUGUCGAGUAAAGUCUGUUUUUCCUGCUUUGUGUUAGACACCGAUGACUGUGACCCUUACCCGUGUCUCAACAAUGGAACAUGCAUAGACGAUGUGAAUAACUAUACUUGCGCAUGCCCUCCUGGCUUUGAAGGGAGGAACUGCAGCAUCAGUAAGUUUAUUAUUACCGAGGUUUUUUUACAACGUUUUUCAAAGUUUCAGUGUAAAUUUGGAGGAUUCCAAGUCAUAAAAAUGCACAAUCGUUCUGGCAGGGCUUAUUUCCCUUUCGUAAACGGUCGUUGCCAUUUUUUUUUUUUAAGGAAUGUGUAGCGUUUGUGCGAUUUUAGGUUAUUUUAAUGCACAGUAGCUUUUCCAUUCUUCAUGACAUUUCAUUACCUUACAGACUGCUGUUAAUAUUUAACCAAAGACUCUUAGCUACUCUUUCUCCGCGUAAAUGUUUCAAUUAAAGGUUUUUUAAAAAUGGUGGAUUGCAAGCCUAUAUUAGGACAAAAUAUAGUAAACUGCGUUUACAGAGAAAAAUAUUUUUUUCUUCGAAAACGCGAGAAUAAAUUUUGGUGUUUCAUUAAAUAUUGGUGACUGUUAUCCCAGAACGUGUUAAAACAAUGGAACAUGUUUUGAUGGAAUGAACAACUACACCUGCGCUUGCGUACCUGGCUUUAAAGGAAAGAACUGCUCUAUAGAGUGUUUUCACAUGACGUCCCGGCGACCAUAUUGGUGUCCCAAAACAAUGAAACGGCGGCCUUGUUGGUGUCCCAAACCAAUCCUGUGGGAGUUGAACUCUUUUCUUAUGCAAACGCUCUCUUUUGUUCCCAUAAAUUUGCAUAGAUGCUGGCCAAGUGAGUGAAAACGCUCCAUUGGUAGGCUUUUAAACAGUUUAACUGAAUACAGUCUUAAUUCAACAGUCAACGGAAACAUUUUUAAGUAGAAGUAGGGUAGAUUUAGGUCCGUCCGCUGGACUAGUAAAAUUUGUCUUUAUUCUUCUCCUUCUUCUCCUUCUUUCUCCCUUUCAGACACAGAUGACUGUGAUCCUUACCCGUGUCUCAACAAUGGAACAUGCAUAGACGAUGUGAAUAACUAUACUUGCGCAUGCCCUCCUGGCUUUGAAGGGAGGAACUGCAGCAUCAGUAAGUUUGUUAUUACCGAGGUUUUUUUACAACGUUUUUCAAAGUUUCAGUGUAAAUUUGGAGGAUUCCAAGUCAUAAAAAUGCACAAUCGCUCUGGCAGGGUUUAUUUCCCCUUCGUAAACGGUCGUUGCCAUUUUAAACGGUCGAUGUCACCCUUAGUAACCAUGCCUUUACUUAUGAUUGAUGUAAUAUUUUCCCUGGAUUAAGUUACAAUAAGAGAAAUAAUACUUUUUUGAAUAGUCUUAGAAAGGACGACCUUGAAGCUCAAAUUGAAUUGACGUUAAAAGUUAUAGAAAGGAUUAGGGUCAUCUAUUAUUGAUGUAACAGUUACGGAAGACAGUUUGCUACAAUAGCUUAUGUAUUUAAUUUUUCGAAAUUUUGGCUGAUCAAUAUGGUAGUGAAACGGUAAGGGUGAGAGGGAUGCGAAAAGUCCGGGUUCGACCCUGGGUUGCGAUUUUCUUUCGUUCAAAUAAAAACGCUCUCAAUAACAGGUCAAAACGUUUCUAUGUGCCUUAGAAAUUGCAGGGACCGUUAACGAACGAACGGGAUAACUGCCUCGUCAGGUUCAGUAAAAGGUUUCGUCAUUGCUCACUCCAUUUUUCUAUCUUAAAGGGGCACCUUCAAGCAGUGUCAUGGCGGUCGUGCACUUCACCGAAAUCAUUUGCUGUAAUACAAAAAUUAGGAACGUGAUUUCUACAACUGUAUGUUUGAUAACAGGAUUGUAUCUAUGUUUCUUUUAAGAAGGGUAUCACAGCCUGCUAUUUGCUUAGGUUGCGAAGAUAUAAUCUGAUUUUCAAACACAAUCAGAACGUUCGUAACUUCCGUAUUACAACUAAUUAUUUCGUUAAAGUGCACGGCCGCAAUGCACACUGGUUGAAGGUGCCCCUUAAAAGAUUAUAAUUAGACGGACUUUUUUUUUACCGACGUAAAAACUGCAAGUGCGGUUUGAAUAUGCAAGUUCACUACAAGGCUCUAUAGUACAAAAUGUUUUAGACUUGCAACCGAAAAGGUUUUUCAUAUUUCAAAGACAUGAACGCAUAAGAACAUCGAUCUUAAUAUGUAAUCGUGAUGUCUUUUCAGAUUUUGACGACUGUUAUCCUAGCCCCUGCCAAAACAAUGGAACAUGUAUUGACGGAGUGAACAAUUAUUCUUGCGCUUGCGUACCUGGAUUUGAAGGAAACAAUUGCACCAUUAGUAAGUUCCUAAGAAAUGUAAGGAGCUUUAUUUAACGCAUUUAAUUCAUCGGUCAAUGGUAAUGUUUCAAGAUAUUUUUGUACACGAUAAGUUCCUUCCCUAUUAGACCAGUAAAAGUUGUCUCAAUCGUGUAAAGUCUUUUUUUGUUAUUGUUUGCCUUUUAUCAGACACUGAUGACUGUGAUCCUUACCCGUGUGUAAACAAUGCAACAUGCAUAGAUGAUGUGAAUAACUAUACUUGCGCAUGCUCUCCUGGCUUUGAAGGGAGGAACUGCAGCAUCAGUAAGUUUUCCUUUCGUGUUGACCUUUCUCAUCGGUCAAUGGUAACGUUUUUGAGAUGUUAUUGGGCAUGAUAUGUUUCUUCGCCAGACCAGUAAAAGUUGUCUUUAUCGCAUGAAGUCUGGAUUUUUCGCUUUCUUCCAGACAAAGAUGACUGUGAUCCUUACCCGUGUGUAAACAAUGGAACAUGCAUAGAUGGUGUGAACAACUAUUCUUGUGCAUGCUCUCCUGGUUUUGAAGGGAGGAACUGCAGCAUCAGUAAGUGUUUUUUUUUUUUAAGAGAGAAGGUUUAGAACGGUUUUUUUUUUCACGUUAUUUUAAUAAAUCAUCGGUUUUGUAGGUUUCGUGAUUGUUUGGCAAGCUGAAAUUUUUUCCUUCUUGAAUAGAACAUUAAUCUAUAGAUUUAGCCAGGGUAAAAAGCGAAGCUCUCCACAAUAUUUAUAGUUUUCUCCAGGAAAAUAUGAAAUCGUGUAACGCUAUAAGCGGCGAACGCAACGAGAAUAGUGAAAAAACAACAAUAGGUCUAAUUAGCAAAAAAGCACUUUGCUCGUGCAGCACACUUUUUUUUGUACAUUUCUUUGCCGUUGUUUUGCACGACUGCAACGUGAACAUUCCAGAAACUUCCUCGCUACAAGUUUUAUGAAGGAAAUGUCGUAUCUUUUGUUCACUUGUUUUACUGCCGCUCACCUUGGUGGCCGCUAGCAUUUUCAUUUUCUCACCGCCGCUAAAAAAUUUUCAUGUUGUUCUUCCAACAAAAAUGUCUCCUUUGUUUUUGAUCCCUCGCUGUAGCUCUCUGUCGUUCUUUUUCUCGUUGAGCUUCGCUGGCCUGUCGCCUACUUUCUCUUUUUUCUCUCUUUCUCUUUCUCUAUCACCCAAAUUUGUGGGCAUAACAAAUAAUCUAAGCUUAACACUUUAGACAACAAGCAUACAGAAACAACGCCUGCUUUCCGUUUUCGUCUUUAUUGACUCUCCUAAUGGUUGUCUCUGCUUCCGAGACUCGGUUGACUAUGCGAUUUACCGCCGAAACAAUCUCGAGUUGCAUUUGGAUUGCCAUACCUGUUGAUUAAGUUAUUUUACAUUGGUAUGCCUGUGGUGCGAACGGACGGACGGACGGUCGGUCGGUCGGUCGGUCGGUCGGUUUUUUUAUUUUCUUACGUAUGGGGCUACACUCGCGCGCGCGUGGAGCACCGCUGUAAUAAAUUUUCUUACCCAUGUUAAAGAUUCCAGUAGGCUUCAAGUAUGAAAGUUCAUAAUGCCCAGUAGUAAAAAAAUUUGUUUUCCAACAUUUUUUUUCUUUUAAACAUGAGUUUGUAAGACUAUAAUUAAUCGUAUGAACUGUAUGCAACUUUUCUUCUUAUCAGAUAUUGACGACUGUUAUCCCAGCCCUUGUGAAAACAACGGGGCAUGUAUUGACGGUGUGAACAGUUACACUUGCGCUUGCGUACCUGGAUUUGAAGGAAAGAACUGCUCCAUAGGUAGGUUCUUAAACAGUUUUUAUUUAACACCAGUUUCAGAUCACGAAAGCCAACGGGAACAUUUGCAGUAGUCGUGUAUUAAGGUCUAUCCAAGUCUGUCUCCUGGUCUGUCCGUUAAUCGACUGCUCUGAAAGUUGUAUUUUUUUCUUGGUUCAUUUCAGACACCGAUGAUUGUUAUCCUUACCUGUGUUUAAACAAUGGAACAUGCAUAGAUCAUGUGAAUAACUACACUUGCGCAUGCCCUCCUGGCUUUGAAGGGAGAAACUGCGGCAUUAGUAAGCUUUUUUAUUAUGAUAUUUAAAAAAUGGGUGUUUUUAACUUAAAAUUAAUAUGAGUUUCGACGAUUUCAAGUUGUUAUGGUAGAGAAUAGUUUUCUUCGUAGGUCUAGUGAUAGGUUCUUCCUAAAGUCCUUCUCCCUUUUUUACCAUUUUAAAUAUAACAUGUACUCCAGUAAACGAUAAAUUUCCGUCGAAAGGAACUCUUAUAGUUUUAUUCUGUUUUAUUAGGUUAUUUUUUAUAUAAAUAUUUACUAAAAAAAUGCGUGCAUCAAAAGAAGCACUUAUUGAAUCGCUUAAUUUGUGUGCAUUUUGGUAUUUCAUCAGAUACUGACGAUUGUUAUUCCAAGCCGUGUGAAAAUAAUGGAACAUGUAUCGAUGGAGUGAACAACUACAUUUGCACUUGCGUACCUGGAUUUGAAGGAAAGAACUGCAGCAUCAGUAAGCUCUUAAACAACUUUGUUAAACAUAUGUUUCAUUUAUCAGUCAGAAGAAAUGUUUUCUAGGUGCUGGGGUGCACAAUGACGUCCGUCGGACCAAUAAAAAUUCUUUUCGUUGCCUUAUGAAGUUUUUUCUUCUAUUUCUUAGACAUUGAUGACUGUGAUCCUUACCCGUGUGUAAACAAUGGAACAUGCAUAGAUGGUGUAGAUAAUUAUACUUGCGCAUGUGUCCCUGGCUUUCAAGGGAAGAACUGUGCUAUAAGUAAGUAUUUUUUAUGAAGGUAUUUAAAAAGUGGGUGUUUUAACUUUUCUUUAAAUUUUUAGUUUGGUCGAUUUCAUUUUAUUGCAAAAAAAAUAAAAAAAAAACCAGUUCCCAUUGUAUUUUCGUUGACAGGUCCACGCUUCCUUCUCCCUUUUUACCACUUUAAAUAGAAAAUUUACCCAAAGCAAAGGAAUUUUUGUGGUUUUGUUUUCUUUUAUUUAUUAUUUUUUGUUUAUUUAAGUAUUUACAUUGGAUAUAGGGUGAAAUCGCGUAAUUUGUGUGCAUCUUGUAUUUCAUCAGAUAUUGAUGACUGUUAUCCCAACCCGUGUGAAAACAAUGGAACAUGUAUUGACGGAGUGAACAAGUACACUUGCGCUUGCGUGCCUGGAUUUGAAGGAAAGAACUGCACCAUCAGUAAGCUCUUAAACAAGUCUUUCAAACAAACCUUGAAUUCAUCAGUCAUCAGUUAUAUUUUCUAGGUGCUGUGGUGCGCAAUAACGUCCACUUGACCAGUUAAAAUUGUUUUCCCCCUUUUUUCAGACACAGAUGACUGUGAUCCUUACCCGUGUGUAAACAAUGGAACAUGCAUAGAUGGUGUGAACAACUAUUCUUGUGCAUGCUCUCCUGGCUUUGAAGGGAGGAACUGCAACAUCAGUAAGUGUUGUUUUUUUUUUUACGAGAGAAGGUUUAGAACGCGUUUUAUUUUUGUUUUAUUUUUUUUUCAUGUUAUUUUAAUACAUCAUCGGUUUUGUAGGUUUCGUGAUUGUUUGGCAAGCUGAAAUUUUCUCCUUCUUAAAUAGAAGAUUAAUCUAUAGAUUUAGCCAGGGCUAAAAGCGAAGCUCUCCAUAAUAUUUAUAGUUUUCUCAAGGAAAAUAUGAAAUCGUGUAAUGCUAUAAGCGGCGAAGGCAACGAGAUUAGUGAAAAAACAUCAAUAGGUCUCAUUAGCAAAAAAGUACUUUGCUCGUGCAGCACACUUUUUUGUACAUUUCUCUGCCGUUGUUUUGCACGACUGCAACGUGAACAUUCCAGAAACUUCCUCGCUACAAGUUUUAUGAAGGAAAUGUCGUACCUUUUGUUCACUUUUUUUACUGCCGCUCACCUUGGUGGCGGCUAGCAUUUUCAUUUUCUCACCGCCGCUACAAAAUUUUCAUGUUGUUCUUCCAACAAAAAAUGUCUGCUUUGUUUUUGAUCUCUCGCUGUAGCUCUCUGUCGCUCUUUUUCUCGUUGAGCUUCGCUGGCCUGUUGCCUACUUUCUCUUUUUUCUCUCUUCCUCUUUCUCUAUUACCCAAAUUUGUAGGCAUGACAAAUAAUCUAAGCUUAAUACUUUAGAAAACACGCAUACAGAAAUAACGCCUGCUUUUUGUUUUUGUCUUCAUUGACUCUUUUAAUGGUUGUCUCUGCUUCCGAGACUCUGUUGACUAUGCGAUUUCCCGCCGAAAUAACCUCGAGUUGCAUUUAGAUUGCCAUACCUGUUGAUUAAGUUAUUUUACAUUGGUAUGCCUGUGGGGAGAACGGACGGACGGUCAGUCGGUCGGUGGUUUUUAUUUUCUUAGGUAUGGGGCUAAGCUCGCGCGCACGUGGAGCACGCUGUUAAUAAAUACUUUCUUACCCAUGUUAAAGAUUCCAGUAGGCUUCAAGUAUGAAAGUUCAUAAUGCCCAAUAGUGAAAAAAAUGUGUUUUCCAACAUUUUUUUUUCUUUUAAACAUGAGUUUGUAAGACCACAAUUAAUCAUAUGAACUGUUUACAACUUUUCUUCUCAUCAGAUAUUGACGACUGUUAUCCUAGCCCUUGUGAAAACAAUGCAACAUGUAUUGACGGUGUGAACAGUUACACUUGCACUUGCCUACCUGGAUUUGAAGGAAAGAACUGCUCCAUAGGUAGGUUCUUAAACAGUUGUUAUUUAACACCAGUUUCAGAUCACGAAAGCCAACAACAACAUUUUCAAGUUGCAGUAGUCGUGUAUUAAGGUCUAUCCAAGUCUGUCUCCUGGUCUGGGGCCGGUUGCUCGAAGCCUAGUUAGCGCUAACCGUUGGUUAAGAGGUAUCAAAAUGUAUAGGUUUCCAUGGUAUUUAACGCUGGAUAGCACUAACCAUGCUUUGAGCAACCUGGGCCUGUCCGUUAAUCGACUACUUAAAGUUGUCUUUUUUCUUGGUUCAUUUCAGACACCGAUGAUUGUUAUCCUUACCUGUGUUUAAACAAUGGAACAUGCAUAGAUCAUGUGAAUAACUACACUUGCGCAUGCCCUCCUGGCUUUGAAGGGAGAAACUGCGGCAUCAGUAAGCUUUUUUAUUAUGAUAUUUAAAAAAUGGGUGUUUUUAACUUAAAAUUAAUGUGAGUUUGGACGAUUUCAAGUUGUUAUGGUAGAGAACAGUUUUCUUCGUAGGUCUAGUGAUAGGUUCUUCCUAAAGUCCUUCUCCCUUUUUUACCAUUUUAAAUAUAACAUGUACUCCAGUAAACGAUAAAUUUCCGUUGAAAGGAACUCUUAUAGUUUUAUUCUGUUUUAUUAGGUUAUUUUUUAUAUAAAUAUUUACUAAAAAAAUGCGUGCAUCAAAAGAAGCACUUAUUGAAUCGCUUAAUUUGUGUGCAUUUUGGUAUUUCAUCAGAUACUGACGAUUGUUAUCCCAAGCCGUGUGAAAAUAAUGGAACAUGUAUCGAUGGAGUGAACAACUACAUUUGCACUUGCGUACCUGGAUUUGAAGGAAAGAACUGCAGCAUCAGUAAGCUCUUAAACAACUUUGUUAAACAUAUGUUUCAUUUAUCAGUCAGAAGAAAUGUUUUCUAGGUGCUGGGGUGCACAAUAACGUCCGUCGGACCAAUAAAAAUUCUUUUCGUUGCCUUAUGAAGUUUUUUCUUCUAUUUCUUAGACAUUGAUGACUGUGAUCCUUACCCGUGUGUAAACAAUGGAACAUGCAUAGAUGGUGUAGAUAAUUAUACUUGCGCAUGUGUCCCUGGCUUUCAAGGGAAGAACUGUGCUAUAAGUAAGUAUUUUUUAUGAAGGUAUUUAAAAAGUGGGUGUUUUAACUUUUCUUUAAAUUUUUAGUUUGGUCGAUUUCAUUUCAUUGCAAAAAAAUAAAAAAAAAACCAGUUCCCAUUCUAUUUUCGUUGACAGGUCCACACUUCCUUCUCCCUUUUUACCACUUUAAAUAGAAAAUUUACCCAAAGCAAAGGAAUUUUUGUGGUUUUGUUUUCUUUUAUUUAUUAUUUUUGUUUAUUUAAGUAUUUACAUUGGAUAUAGGGUGAAAUCGCGUAAUUUGUGUGCAUCUUGUAAUUCAUCAGAUAUUGAUGACUGUUAUCCCAACCCGUGUGAAAACAAUGGAACAUGUAUUGACGGAGUGAACAAGUACACUUGCGCUUGCGUGCCUGGAUUUGAAGGAAAGAACUGCACCAUCAGUAAGCUCUUAAACAAGUCUUUCAAACAAACCUUGAAUUCAUCAGUCAUCAGUUAUAUUUUCUAGGUGCUGUGGUGCGCAAUAACGUCCACUUGACCAGUUAAAAUUGUUUUCCCCCUUUUUUCAGACACAGAUGACUGUGAUCCUUACCCGUGUGUAAACAAUGGAACAUGCAUAGAUGGUGUGAACAACUAUUCUUGUGCAUGCUCUCCUGGCUUUGAAGGGAGGAACUGCAACAUCAGUAAGUGUUGUUUUUUUUUUACGAGAGAAGGUUUAGAACCCGUUUUAUUUAUUUAUUUAUUUUUUUCAAGUUAUUUUAAUACAUCAUCGGUUUUGUAGGUUUCGUGAUUGUUUGGCAAGCUGAAAUUUUCUCCUUCUUAAAUAGAAGAUUAAUCUAUAGAUUUAGCCAGGGCUAAAAGCGAAGCUCUCCAUAAUAUUUAUAGUUUUCUCAAGGAAAAUAUGAAAUCGUGUAAUGCUAUAAGCGGCGAAGGCAACGAGAUUAGUGAAAAAACAUCAAUAGGUCUAAUUAGCAAAAAAGUACUUUGCUCGUGCAGCACACUUUUUUGUACAUUUCUCUGCCGUUGUUUUGCACGACUGCAACGUGAACAUUCCAGAAACUUCCUCGCUACAAGUUUUAUGAAGGAAAUGUCGUACCUUUUGUUCACUUUUUUUAACUGCCGCUCACCUUGGUGGCGGCUAGCAUUUUCAUUUUCUCACCGCCGCUACAAAAUUUUCAUGUUGUUCUUCCAACAAAAAAUGUCUGCUUUGUUUUUGAUCUCUCGCUGUAGCUCUCUGUCGCUCUUUUUCUCGUUGAGCUUCGCUGGCCUGUUGCCUACUUUCUCUUUUUUCUCUCUUCCUCUUUCUCUAUUACCCAAAUUUGUAGGCAUGACAAAUAAUCUAAGCUUAAUACUUUAGAAAACAAGCAUACAGAAAUAACGCCUGCUUUUUGUUUUUGUCUUCAUUGACUCUUUUAAUGGUUGUCUCUGCUUCCGAGACUCUGUUGACUAUGCGAUUUCCCGCCGAAAUAACCUCGAGUUGCAUUUAGAUUGCCAUACCUGUUGAUUAAGUUAUUUUACAUUGGUAUGCCUGUGGGGAGAACGGACGGACGGUCAGUCGGUCGGUGGUUUUUUAUUUUCUUAGGUAUGGGGCUAAGCUCGCGCGCACGUGGAGCACCGCUGUUAAUAAAUACUUUCUUACCCAUGUUAAAGAUUCCAGUAGGCUUCAAGUAUGAAAGUUCAUGAUGCCCAAUAGUGAAAAAAAUGUGUUUUCCAACAUUUUUUUUUCUUUUAAACAUGAGUUUGUAAGACCACAAUUAAUCAUAUGAACUGUUUACAACUUUUCUUCUCAUCAGAUAUUGACGACUGUUAUCCUAGCCCUUGUGAAAACAAUGCAACAUGUAUUGACGGUGUGAACAGUUACACUUGCACUUGCCUACCUGGAUUUGAAGGAAAGAACUGCUCCAUAGGUAGGUUCUUAAACAGUUGUUAUUUAACACCAGUUUCAGAUCACGAAAGCCAACAACAACAUUUUCAAGUUGCAGUAGUCGUGUAUUAAGGUCUAUCCAAGUCUGUCUCCUGGUCUGGGGCCGGUUGCUCGAAGCCUAGUUAGCGCUAACCGUUGGUUAAGAGGUAUCAAAAUGUAUAGGUUUCCAUGGUAUUUAACGCUGGAUAGCACUAACCAUGCUUUGAGCAACCUGGGCCUGUCCGUUAAUCGACUACUUAAAGUUGUCUUUUUUCUUGGUUCAUUUCAGACACCGAUGAUUGUUAUCCUUACCUGUGUUUAAACAAUGGAACAUGCAUAGAUCAUGUGAAUAACUACACUUGCGCAUGCCCUCCUGGCUUUGAAGGGAGAAACUGCGGCAUCAGUAAGCUUUUUUAUUAUGAUAUUUAAAAAAUGGGUGUUUUUAACUUAAAAUUAAUGUGAGUUUGGACGAUUUCAAGUUGUUAUGGUAGAGAACAGUUUUCUUCGUAGGUCUAGUGAUAGGUUCUUCCUAAAGUCCUUCUCCCUUUUUACCAUUUUAAAUAUAACAUGUACUCCAGUAAACGAUAAAUUUCCGUUGAAAGGAACUCUUAUAGUUUUAUUCUGUUUUAUUAGGUUAUUUUUUAUAUAAAUAUUUACUAAAAAAUGCGUGCAUCAAAAGAAGCACUUAUUGAAUCGCUUAAUUUGUGUGCAUUUUGGUAUUUCAUCAGAUACUGACGAUUGUUAUCCCAAGCCGUGUGAAAAUAAUGGAACAUGUAUCGAUGGAGUGAACAACUACAUUUGCACUUGCGUACCUGGAUUUGAAGGAAAGAACUGCAGCAUCAGUAAGCUCUUAAACAACUUUGUUAAACAUAUGUUUCAUUUAUCAGUCAGAAGAAAUGUUUUCUAGGUGCUGGGGUGCACAAUAACGUCCGUCGGACCAAUAAAAAUUCUUUUCGUUGCCUUAUGAAGUUUUUUCUUCUAUUUCUUAGACAUUGAUGACUGUGAUCCUUACCCGUGUGUAAACAAUGGAACAUGCAUAGAUGGUGUAGAUAAUUAUACUUGCGCAUGUGUCCCUGGCUUUCAAGGGAAGAACUGUGCUAUAAGUAAGUAUUUUUUAUGAAGGUAUUUAAAAAGUGGGUGUUUUAACUUUUCUUUAAAUUUUUAGUUUGGUCGAUUUCAUUUCAUUGCAAAAAAAUAAAAAAAAAACCAGUUCCCAUUCUAUUUUCGUUGACAGGUCCACACUUCCUUCUCCCUUUUUACCACUUUAAAUAGAAAAUUUACCCAAAGCAAAGGAAUUUUUGUGGUUUUGUUUUCUUUUAUUUAUUAUUUUUUGUUUAUUUAAGUAUUUACAUUGGAUAUAGGGUGAAAUCGCGUAAUUUGUGUGCAUCUUGUAAUUCAUCAGAUAUUGAUGACUGUUAUCCCAACCCGUGUGAAAACAAUGGAACAUGUAUUGACGGAGUGAACAAGUACACUUGCGCUUGCGUGCCUGGAUUUGAAGGAAAGAACUGCACCAUCAGUAAGCUCUUAAACAAGUCUUUCAAACAAACCUUGAAUUCAUCAGUCAUCAGUUAUAUUUUCUAGGUGCUGUGGUGCGCAAUAACGUCCACUUGACCAGUUAAAAUUGUUUUCCCCCUUUUUUCAGACACAGAUGACUGUGAUCCUUACCCGUGUGUAAACAAUGGAACAUGCAUAGAUGGUGUGAACAACUAUUCUUGUGCAUGCUCUCCUGGCUUUGAAGGGAGGAACUGCAACAUCAGUAAGUGUUGUUUUUUUUUUACGAGAGAAGGUUUAGAACCCGUUUUAUUUAUUUAUUUAUUUUUUUCAAGUUAUUUUAAUACAUCAUCGGUUUUGUAGGUUUCGUGAUUGUUUGGCAAGCUGAAAUUUUCUCCUUCUUAAAUAGAAGAUUAAUCUAUAGAUUUAGCCAGGGCUAAAAGCGAAGCUCUCCAUAAUAUUUAUAGUUUUCUCAAGGAAAAUAUGAAAUCGUGUAAUGCUAUAAGCGGCGAAGGCAACGAGAUUAGUGAAAAAACAUCAAUAGGUCUAAUUAGCAAAAAAGUACUUUGCUCGUGCAGCACACUUUUUUGUACAUUUCUCUGCCGUUGUUUUGCACGACUGCAACGUGAACAUUCCAGAAACUUCCUCGCUACAAGUUUUAUGAAGGAAAUGUCGUACCUUUUGUUCACUUUUUUUACUGCCGCUCACCUUGGUGGCGGCUAGCAUUUUCAUUUUCUCACCGCCGCUACAAAAUUUUCAUGUUGUUCUUCCAACAAAAAAUGUCUGCUUUGUUUUUGAUCUCUCGCUGUAGCUCUCUGUCGUUCUUUUUCUCGUUGAGCUUCGCUGGCCUGUUGCCUACUUUCUCUUUUUUCUCUCUUCCUCUUUCUCUAUUACCCAAAUUUGUAGGCAUGACAAAUAAUCUAAGCUUAAUACUUUAGACAACAAGCAUACAGAAACAACGCCUGCUUUUUGUUUUUGUCUUCAUUGACUCUUUUAAUGGUUGUCUCUGCUUCCGAGACUCUGUUGACUAUGCGAUUUCCCGCCGAAAUAACCUCGAGUUGCAUUUAGAUUGCCAUACCUGUUGAUUAAGUUAUUUUACAUUGGUAUGCCUGUGGGGAGAACGGACGGACGGUCAGUCGGUCGGUGGUUUUUUAUUUUCUUAGGUAUGGGGCUAAGCUCGCGCGCACGUGGAGCACCGCUGUUAAUAAAUACUUUCUUACCCAUGUUAAAGAUUCCAGUAGGCUUCAAGUAUGAAAGUUCAUGAUGCCCAAUAGUGAAAAAAAUGUGUUUUCCAACAUUUUUUUUUCUUUUAAACAUGAGUUUGUAAGACCACAAUUAAUCAUAUGAACUGUUUACAACUUUUCUUCUCAUCAGAUAUUGACGACUGUUAUCCUAGCCCUUGUGAAAACAAUGGAACAUGUAUUGACGGUGUGAACAGUUACACUUGCACUUGCCUACCUGGAUUUGAAGGAAAGAACUGCUCCAUAGGUAGGUUCUUAAACAGUUGUUAUUUAACACCAGUUUCAGAUCACGAAAGCCAACAACAACAUUUUCAAGUUGCAGUAGUCGUGUAUUAAGGUCUAUCCAAGUCUGUCUCCUGGUCUGGGGCCGGUUGCUCGAAGCCUAGUUAGCGCUAACCGUUGGUUAAGAGGUAUCAAAAUGUAUAGGUUUCCAUGGUAUUUAACGCUGGAUAGCACUAACCAUGCUUUGAGCAACCUGGGCCUGUCCGUUAAUCGACUACUUAAAGUUGUAUUUUUUUUUUCUUGGUUCAUUUCAGACACCGAUGAUUGUUAUCCUUACCUGUGUUUAAACAAUGGAACAUGCAUAGAUCAUGUGAAUAACUACACUUGCGCAUGCCCUCCUGGCUUUGAAGGGAGAAACUGCGGCAUCAGUAAGCUUUUUUAUUAUGAUAUUUAAAAAAUGGGUGUUUUUAACUUAAAAUUAAUGUGAGUUUGGACGAUUUCAAGUUGUUAUGGUAGAGAACAGUUUUCUUCGUAGGUCUAGUGAUAGGUUCUUCCUAAAGUCCUUCUCCCUUUUUUACCAUUUUAAAUAUAACAUGUACUCCAGUAAACGAUAAAUUUCCGUUGAAAGGAACUCUUAUAGUUUUAUUCUGUUUUAUUAGGUUAUUUUUUAUGUAAAUAUUUACUUAAAAAAUACGUGCCUCAGAAGAAGCGCUUAUUGAAUCGCGUAAUUUGUGUGCAUUUUGGUAUUUCAUCAGAUACUGACGACUGUUAUCCCAAGCCGUGUGAAAAUAAUGGAACAUGUAUCGAUGGAGUGAACAACUACAUUUGCACUUGCGUACCUGGAUUUGAAGGAAAGAACUGCAGCAUCAGUAAGCUCUUAAACAACUUUGUUAAACAUAUGUUUCAUUUAUCAGUCAGAAGAAAUGUUUUCUAGGUGCUGGGGUGCACAAUGACGUCCGUCGGACCAAUAAAAAUUCUUUUCGUUGCCUUAUCAAGUUUUUUCUUCUAUUCCUUAGACAUUGAUGACUGUAAUCCUUACCCGUGUGUAAACAAUGGAACAUGCAUAGAUGGUGUAGAUAAUUAUACUUGCGCAUGUGUCCCUGGCUUUCAAGGGAGGAACUGUGCUAUAAGUAAGUAUUUUUUAUGGAGGUAUUUAAAAAGUGGGUGUUUUAACUUUUCUUUAAAUUUUUAGUUUGGUCGAUUUCAUUUUAUUGCAAAAAAAUUAAAAAAAACCAGUUCCCAUUCUAUUUUCGUUGACAGGUCCACACUUCCUUCUCCUUUUUUACCACUUUAAAUAGAAAAUUUACCCAAAGCAAAGGAAUUUUUGUGGUUUUGUUUUCUUUUAUUUAUUAUUUUUUGUUUAUUUAAGUAUUUACAUUGGAUAUAGGGUGAAAUCGCGUAAUUUGUGUGCAUCUUGUAUUUCAUCAGAUAUUGAUGACUGUUAUCCCAACCCGUGUGAAAACAAUGGAACAUGUAUUGACGGAGUGAACAAGUACACUUGCGCUUGCGUGCCUGGAUUUGAAGGAAAGAACUGCACCAUCAGUAAGCUCUUAAACAAGUCUUUCAAACAAACCUUGAAUUCAUCAGUCAUCAGUUAUAUUUUUUAGGUGCUGUGGUUCGCAAUGACUUCCACUGGACCAGUUAAAACUGUUUUCCCCCUUUUUUCAGACACAGAUGACUGUGAUCCUUACCCGUGUGUAAACAAUGCAACAUGCAUAGAUGGUGUAAAUAACUAUACUUGCGCAUGCCACCCUGGCAUUGAAGGAAGGAACUGCAACAUCAGUAAGUUACCUAUUAAGGAAUUUUGUUUUUGGCUUUUACUGCGCACACACAUACGUACAGAAAAUUGAAAAUCGACUACCUCUUCUAUGGCUGAAUUCGUAUGCGAAUAAGAAAAAUAUCAACAAUGACGUCACGAUGAAUCCGCCUAUACUGUGCAGGUUAUACAUAUGUGUCAUACCGGCAAAUUAUUGGUUUAACUGGUGAGUUCCUUUCUUUGACUGUGUCUUCUGUUGUGAAAUGACGUCAAAAUGCAUUUUGCUUGUUUCAUUUUAUCUCGUUAUUUUAAUAAGUCCAGACGUUUGAAAAAUAAAAUCAAGUUGAGAACGCUUUCAGAUAAUCGCGAAACCUUUUUUUUAUUCUGUACUUGCCUUUCGAAAUCGCGAAAAUAAAAGCCCGCGAAAUGCCGUCUCACAGAAAUCGCGAAAUUAAGUACCAAGGCAUUUUAUCAGAUAUUCACGGAUAUACCAGCUAAUGUGAAAACAAUGGGACAUGUAACGAUGGAGUGAACUACCACACUUGCUCUUGAGCACCUGGCCUUGAAGGGAAAACUGCACCAUCAGUAAGCUCUUUAAUCCUAAUUAAUAGUUUUAUUUAUUUAUUUAUUCAUUUUAAUUCAUCAGUCAGCGGGACAGUAGAUAUUGUUAUCACUGGGUCACUCCUGUUUCUUCCUUUUUUAGACACUGAUGAUUGUGAUCCUCACCCGUGUGCAAACAAUGGAACAUGCAGAGAUAUGGUGAAUAACUAUACUUGCGCAUGCCAGCCUGGCUUUGAAGGGAGGAACUGUACUAUCAGUAAGUUUAUUUGUUAUUCGAGAAUAUUUUAAUACGAGUAUUUUAUGUUGAUGCUGUAUUGGUCCUGGAGAGUGAACAAAAGCGUGACCAAGCUAAAAGCUUUCUUCAAGAUUUUUGUUGGAGCAAAUCUAUUGGUUAUUUCCACCCUGAAAACUUUUGUCCAGGACAAAUGCAAGCCGUAUGGCUUGGUUUCCCCUCCUUUGCAGAGUCUUCCUUUCCCUCUGCGACAGUCUGUACAGGUGGAUGUCCGGGCGGUGUGCGCUGACGUCAGGCUAAAUUUCAUUGUAUUUUAAAAAAAUUGUCUGAUAGGUUUCCAAUUUCCAUGAUAAUUGAGGCUCGUUUCAUAGUUCCAUUGACUGAUUCUCCCAUUCUUCAUAAAAUUUUACUCUUGAAAACAUUAUAAUGAGAUACAUACUUCUCAUGUUUUAAUCAUAUAAAAGCUUCCGUGAAGAUCUUGCGCCUUAUGAAUUCCUUGUUCAAGUAAAGCGGUUUUUAUCAAUUUAUUAUUAUUUUAUUUUUUGACAAAUAAAUUUAUGAAAAAGUGAAGUUAUUUCAACCGGAUAAAGGGUUUUCUUCUUGGUACCUCAUCAGAUAUUGAUGACUGUCAUCUCAGCCCUUGUGAAAACAAUGGAAUAUGUAUUGACGGAGUGAACAAGUACACUUGCGCCUGCGUAACUGGCUUUGAAGGGAAAAACUGCACCAUCAGUGAGUUUUAAAACUACCUUAAUCAACAUGAUUAUUUAUAAUUCAUCAGUCAAUGGAAACGUUUUCAAGGUGCUAUUAUGAACAAUAAGUUUGUCCGCAAGGCCAUUAAAAAUUGUCGAGUUAAGUCUAUUUUGGUUGCUUUUUGUCAGACACUGAUGACUGUGAUCCUUACCCGUGUCUAAACAAUGGAACAUGCAUAGAUGGUGUGAAUAACUAUACCUGCGCAUGUCAUUCUGGCUUUGAAGGGAGGAAUUGCAACAUCAGUAAGUUCUUUACUUCUUCUUCUUUUUCUUUUCCUUUUUCAGGAGGAAUUUUUAAAAUGUGUACGCUGUGAUACCCAAAUAGAUUUUCCACCCUUCAUAUAUUUCACUUUCUUAUUUGAAAAAAGGGCAAUUUCUCCAUGUAAACGUUUCAAUGGACAUAUUUUUCUUUUUUUGAAAAAAUACGAACAUAAAAAAGUAAAUUAUUCAUUAGCCGAUGGAAUCACUUUUUAAACUGAUUGUUAAUAUUGUGCCUCUUGGCUUCCUGUCAGAUAUUAAUGAAUGCUAUCCCAGCCCGUGUAAAAACAAUGGAACAUGUGUUGACGGAGUGAACAACUACACUUGCGCUUGCGUACCUGGAUUUGAAGGAAAGAACUGCGCCAUCAGUAAGUUCUUUAUAGCUUUAAUAAACAUAGCUUCAACUCAUUAGCCAACCGAAUCGCUUUGAACAGGUUAAAGCUGAAAUGGAGGACAUUUACGUCCGCUGGACCAGUAAAAAUUAUGUUUAUUAUGUUAAGUCUAUUUUUCUUGCAUUUUUUCAGACACUGAUGACUGUGAUCCUUACCCGUGUGUAAAUAAUGCAACAUGCAUAGAUGGUGUAAAUAACUAUACUUGCGCAUGCUCUCCUGGCUUUGAAGGGAGGAACUGCACCAUCAGUGAGUUCUGUUUUUCUUUUAUGUCAGUUUUUAUGAAGGAAUUUUUGUCGGUUAAGUUUGUUGUUGGUUCUUUCAUUUGCUCCGAGAGGUUUUUCUCCGGGUACUCCGGUUUUCCCCUCUCCUCAAAAACCAGCAUUUUCAAAUUCCAAUUCGACCAGGAAUCAGGUAAACGAAGAACCACUAUGUGGAUGUGCUACCUGCAAAUCGUUAUUUAUUUAUUUAUUUAAUGUUUGUUUUUUGUUUUUUUUGUUUGUUUGUUUGUUUUUUUGGCGGUAGGUUCUUCCAUCCUUGACAACACUUAAUUUUCUUAAGUAAUGGACGUUUCUUCUUAUGAAAAGUGCGCGUUUUGUUGUUGUUUUUUUCUUUUAGAUAUUAAUGAUUGUUAUCGAAGCCCUUGUGAAAACAAAGGAACAUGUAUUGACGGUGUGAAUAGCUACACUUGUGCUUGCGUUCCUGGCUUUGAAGGAAAGAACUGUACCAUCGGUAAGCUUUUAAGGUGCCGCGGAGCAAAUUUUCGUCCGAUAGAGCACAACAAAAGUCGGAAAAAACUGCACCAAUAGUACACUGUAAGCUCUGUAACAAUUUUCAUAAACAUAUUAUUAAUUCAUCAGCCAAUGGGAAUGUUUUCAAGAAGCAACAGAGCUCAUUUACUUUGGAAAGAGCACCAUAAAAGUGUUUGCUUUUUGGUAUUUCAUCAGAUAUUGAUGACUGUCAUCCCAGCCCGUGUGAAAACCACGGUACUUGUGUUGACGGAGUGAACAACUACACUUGCGUUUGCCUACCAGGCUUUGAAGGAAAGACCUGCGCCAUCGGUAAGUUGUUAAACAACAUUAAUAAACACCCGUUUCAGUUUAUUAGUCAACGGGAACGUUUUGAAGAUGGAUUGGAAUACAUUUACAUUCGAUAGACCAGCGAAAUUCGUCUUUAUCGUAUAAAUCCUGUUUUCGUCGUUAUGGUCGUUGUUUAUUUCAGACACUAACGACUGUGAUCCUUACAAUGCAACACGCAUAGAUGAUGUGAAUAACUAUACUUGCGCAUGCCCACCUGGCUUUCAAGGGAGGAACUGCAGCAUCAUAAGUUUUUUUUACGAAGAACUGUAGAACGUGUUUUUAAGUUAAAGUGUAAAUUUGGACGGAAUGAUUUCCGUGGUUCAUUUAAAAGCCUUCUCCCAUCCUUCACACCAUUUUACUUUGUGAAAGACUAUGAUACGGCCAAAAAUUUUUCUCAUGUAAGAGCGCUAAUUUAUGACGGUUUUUUUUAUGCACGAUUGCUAUUGCUGUAGUGCAAUAUAAAUUCCGGAGGAGGCAGAAUACUUUUCGUGGUAACGUUUUUGUUGGUUCGUUCAGAAUUACUAUCCUUCAAAAAUCUCGUUAAUUAUUCUGCAUCCAUGAUUGGGUUUUUGACGCAGGGUAACAAUAACUGAUCGAACGUUUUUCCAGCAAAGGAAAGUGAAUUAUUGCAUCUUUUAAGAUGGCUUGAUAGGGUUUUUCUAGCAGUCGGCUAGAGCUAUCCCCAUGACCUUUCACACACGUUUAAAAAAUACUGAAACUAGCAUUGUAAAUUGUAUUUCAAAGCCCGUCGUUUUCCACAUACGACGACCGAAUAUCAAUAUUGUCUAGUUUUUAUCGUGUUUUUAACCAUAAAAACUGCACCCGAAAUUAAUAUGACUCGAUAACGCUCUUACAGAUUUCGCUUAAACUUCACGAACAUCGAGGAGAAAAACGUUACCGUAAACGAUUUUGGAAGACCAGUUUCCAGUGCCUAGAAGUACGGCUGUAAGUGUAGUUCUAAUUUUCAAUUUGUGGAUGACAAAAUCUCUUCUAUGUUGAUUCUCGGUACCCUUUGAGGUGGACAGAGAUUACAGACCAGAGCAAAUCUAUGUUUACUCUACCUGCAAAAGAAAUAGUUCAGUUCUCCACAUUAUGUUACCAUGAAACUUAUAAAACUGUAGAAACCAGAAGUAUUUCCGGAAUGUUAUUUUGUUGCAAGACAAGAGCUAAUCAGGCGUGGGAAAACUAAACGACAGAAAGGAACAGUAGUUCGUUGUUUUUCGCCUAGUACUGUUCUUCGCUGUGAUUGGUCAUAAGGCAUUAAAAAUUCCUAAAAUAUUUCAGGUGUUGAAGGAUUUAUUACUUUAACAAUAAUUCUUUAAACUUUUAUCACAGUCAAACCUGCCCAGUGUGAGCAUGACCAGUUUAGAUGCAAAAAUGGCCAGUGCAUAGAAGCCAGCCUUGUAUGUGAUGGUGUUCCAAAUUGUCUAGAUUAUUCGGACGAAGAAGGCCCCCUUGCCGACUGCGGUAAGUGACCACCAAUUCGACUCUCUCUAGACUAAGACCAAUCACUUUCAUUUCAAUAAAUAUCUGGUAACGCUUUCCUUCUUCAUCAAAAGAUGUUUGUAUUCUCGUAUUUCCCAUCUGCCAUCUGAACAACAGAUGAUAAAUUAAUUGGAAAAAAAUGGAAUAUCAUGGAAUCUGCAGCUAAAGUUCUUCCUUCUUGGGCUGUGUGGUGGGUGGGAGAACCCCUGGGUGAAUAGAUGUAGUGAUUUAUCAUAAUUAUUUAUCCUAAGUAUCCAGUCUGCCCUGCGUAAACCAUUCACAUCUCACAUUCUCAAUGAAUCAUUCUGGUGAUAUUGUCGUGUCUCUUCUUAUCCUUUUUUGCGCAAGUUUGCUGCACUCACUAAUGAUAUGGAUGACACUUUCACCUUUAUGUGGCACAUUCUACACUCUUGUCUACACGAUAAUUCGUCCUCAAAGCUUGUUCUUGGGUCGCACUCGAGAACUUCAGUGUUGAAUUCCAUGUUCCGUUGAUUUCAAAACCCUCUUUUUCCAAUUGCCUCAGCAACUGUCCAAGCAUUUUCUUUUCCCUCCAUUAUUUCACUUCUUCUUCUACUGCUUCCAAAUGUACCACUCCAGAUGUUUUCACUGUCUCCAGCAACUGCCCCCCAUUGCUGUUCCAAACCUACCAUCCAACACUGAUCUCCUCGCCCUGGAUACAUCUUAAGCAACUUAACCCCCCCCACCCCAUCUUUUCCUCUUGGCAUCAGUAUAAAGACUGUUAAUAUCACUCUUACGGUGAAGUGCACCAUACAUGGUCAUCACCUUCCCAGUUUUUCCGUCCACCUCCUCUGUUGUCCACUUUAGAACUCCUCCUCCGUACCGCAGCAUGGCAACCGCCCAUGUAUUGACUGCCAUGACCUUGUUUCUUCCGUGAAGUUUUGAGCUCAGAAUCAGCUUGACACGUCUCUUAUAUUCCUUCCUGAGCUGUCGUUUCAUUUCUUUGUCCUUCAUUUUAUCAAGGGCUAGAAUUCCAAGGUAUCUGUAUCCACUUCAUUAUUAUCCCACUAGAUUGUUGGAUAGCUCAUGUACUUCACAUAACAUUAUUAUUGUUAUUAUUAUUAUUAUUGUUAUUGUUAAUGACUCAGACUCAGAUUUUACAGAUCGAAAACAUUAGAGCUCGCCCGAAUUAAUCUUAACACGAGGUCUUAUUCUUUUCAACUUGUUUCUUUUUAAUAACAGAGACGGAUAAUUUUCUUUUGUCAUGACUUAAUUUAGAACACUGGACUGCCUACAAGAGUUAUUGAUCGCACCUAAGCCGCAGGGAAUGUUUUAAUGUAUAAUGCUUUUAAAUUCUUUCUUUCCCCAAAUAUUUCUCUAAAUUAUGUACAUAUUUUCAAAGUUGAAUAAAAUUGUUUAUUAAUUAUUAAUAAUUAUCAUUAAUAUAGUAUCAUAGGUGACGAAUUACUCCUUAAUUUUGGCGCAUGUGAAAUUACAAAAUUGCCAUGACAACCCUUCCGUACGUCUCAGUGUCAAGAUGGCGACGAAGUUUUAAAAUGCCGUGAAUGAACAUGUCAGGGCACAAAAAGACGCUUUAGAAAACCUGAACACACAAGAGAACAUCAAGAAGGAUUGUAACAGGUAUUUUGCCGAAAGAGUCUGAAAAAUUCUGAACUUUAUAAGCCAAAUUUAAGGUCUAAACAUUUGAGAGAGUGGAGUUCUCAAUCGACACGAUCCACGAUAAACAUGUCAAGAAUCCAAGAUUGCUAACGUAAUUCGUCACCCAUGAUAUUAAUAGGUAAUCAAAUGGUAUACUCGUGAAAUUAAGGGAAUAAUUUCACUUGCGUUUUGUCCAAAUCCUAAUAAUUUCCCUCGCCUUUAAAGGCUCGGGAAAUUAUUAGGAUUUGGACAAAACGCGCGUGAAAUUAUUCCCUAAUUUCACUCGUCUUCAUUUGAUUACACAUUCUAAUUCGUAUUAUUAUUAUUAUUUUAUUCAACUUUACAAAUAUGUACAUAUAAUUUACAGAAAUAUUUGAAGUAAGAAUAAAGCACCAUAUAACAUUAAGAAUUAUAUAAAUCAUAAAAAAUACACUGUGUCAAUAACGAUUUCCCAAAUACAUUCUUUGCGGCUUAGAUGCAAUCAAUAACUCUUGCAGGCGGCCCAGAGUUUUAAAUUAAGUCCUUACAAAAGAGAAUCAUCCGUCUCUGAUAUUUAAAAGAAACAAGUUAAAAAGAAUAAAAUAUCGUAUUCCUAAAUUCCUAAUUCGUUUAAAAAAGUUCUUACAAAAAUAAAUAAAUAGGUAAUAAUAAUAAUAAUAAUAAUAAUAAUAAUAAUCAAUUAGUUAAUUCGGGCAGGCUCUAAUAAUUUCGAUCUGUACAUCUGAGUCGAUAAAGUCUAGCUGUCGUCUUCUGGAUCUUGAGCCUCUCAAGCAUAGUAUCGCAGAGCGUACGAUGGCGAAAGAUACUUUAGCUCUUAUCCAGGAAAUUGCGCUUGAGUAACUUUCUCCCUUCUUAUUUGCGAUCAGCUCCGCAAGUCUGUUGUGGUACUUGACACACUCAUCAUACUUGACCACACUCUGUGGUCCUGAAAACUAGGGGAGUAAACGUUCCCUGCAUCAGUUCGAUCUCCAGUACUCUUUCCGCAUACUGCCUCUUCUUCUCAUUCUCAUGCUUCUUGUAGAUUUGCGUAGGAGUCAAGUCUCUGUAAGAGUCUACAUUAGAGUGACACACCCGAACGUCGAAGAAUGCAGAUCUCUGUCUCUCCCAGAAACCUCGAGCAUGAAUAUCCAAACGGGCAUCACGGGCUUUGUUAGCGCCAUGAUUUAAUGUCUCCCCAGUGACCUCCUGGAGGACCGGUUCUACUUCCACGUCAUUACAGACCAUCCUUACCAUCUCUGCUUCCAAGUCGCGCAGUUCGUUAUGGCGCUGGAUAGUGAAUCCGCCACGCUGACACACCAUUGCUUGAUCCACGCUAAAUUGAACACCGCAUGCGCAGAUCAAGGGCGUGUCCGUUGUUUCCCAGUCGUAUUAUUAUUAUUAUAAUUAUUAUUAUAAAAAAAUGGUAAAAUCUUUAUUACAAAACCUCAAUUAAAAUCCUAUUUACUGUUACAAAAAAUCUAAUCAAUUCAUCAAAAGACUAUCUACAAUUCCUUCAUUAGAGAACAAAAACAAUCCUAUAUAUAAUAAGUGAAGAAAGAGAAAACUAUUCAUUUACAAAUUCUAAAAAAUAGAAGUAACUUAACCUUACAUAAAAGAAGAGGAAAUAAAUAUAAUCAAUAAUAAAAGUUAUUUUUAUUAUUAUUUUUAUUAUUAUUAUUAUUAUUAUUAUUAUUAUUAUUACCACCGCGCACGUAGAUUAUAUUACUUCACAGAGUUCCAUCAUGGUGUCAGGAGAAAGAUCUACGGAGGAGCUAAAGAGGCAUCAACAAUCACUUAAGAGAGCAAGUGCCAAAGUGAAAAUGGAUAGCAUUGAUUCAAGCCUCUCCCCAGGCCUGCUGCGUCUGGUUAAUCAAUCGAGGGACAAGGGCGCACGUUCUUGGCUGAAUGCGAUGCCUCUCGCAGACAAAGGUUUAGCCCUCAACAAGCAAGAAUUCAGAGACUCGCUACGCUUGCGUUAUGACUUGCCCUUAGUCGAUUUACCAAGUCAUUGCAUAUGUGGGGAUAAAUUCACCGUUAGUCACGCCCUCUCUUGUAAAAAGGGGGGGUUUGUAGCGCAGAGACAUGACGGUGUACGGAACUUGUUAACGACAUUCAUCGACAACAUCGGCAAUAAUGUCGAAAUCGAACCACGCCUCCAACCCCUGGACAACGAGCGAUUUCAUUUGAGGAGCGCUGUUACAAGUUCUGAGGCAAGAUUGGACAUCAAAGCGGGAGGUUUCUGGGCAAGAGGAGUUACGGCAUUUUUUGAUGUUAGAGUUACGCACGUCAACUCCAAGUGUUACCAGAGCAAGCCAACAUCGGAAGUGUUCAAAGAGCAAGAAGAGAAGAAGCGCAAGUACCAGCAGCGGGUGUUAGAUGUAGAAAUGGGUUCGUUUACGCCUUUAGUGUUUGGAACCAAUGGCGGAAUGGGAAACGAGUGUCAGCGGUUCUUAAAGCAUCUCGCAGACAAGAUAGCUCAGAAAGACACCGAGCCUUAUCAUGUUGUAAUCACUUGGCUCAGGACACAGAUCUCAUUUGAACUCUUAAGAUCGGUACAUGCAUGCGUCAGAGGUUCGCGAACGUCGUUUCGUAGCAAGAUAGAGCAAUCAUUAGACUGUAAAAUAAAUGUCGCUAGUGCGGAUAUCUGAAAUACGUGUCUAUAUGCUUUUAUACUUAGGGCUUUUUAUGGACACUGGUUUAGUCGUCAUUAGUAUGAUCUUGAUAUCUCUGCAUAAUGGAAUUCUUAAUUUUAUAGAAUUUUGAACUUUUAUUAUUGAUUAUAUCUAUUUCCUCUUCUUUUAUGUAAGGUUAAGUUACUUCUAUUUUUUUGGAAUUUGUAAAUGAAUAGUUUUCUCUUUCUUCACUUAUUAUAUAUAGGAUUGUUUUUGUUCUCUAAUGAAGGAAUUGUAGAUAGUGUUUUGAUGAAUUGAUUAGAUUUUUUGUGACAGCAGGUUGAUUGUAAAUAGGAUUUUAAUUGAGGUUUUGUAAUAAAGAUUUUACCAAUUUUAUUAUUAUUAUUAUUAUUAUUAUUAUUAUUGUUGUUGUUAUUGUUAUUAUUAUUAUUAUUAUUAUUAUUAUUAUUAUUAUUAUUAUUAUUAUUAUUAUUAGUAUCUCUAUUAUCACAGUCUUUGCUGGUGUUCUUUUUGUGCAUCAGCCGGGCGCAAACCAUGCACCUAGAGCGUCAGUCACUCAAGUCAAUCAUUCUGUUCAUACACUGAGCACCUUUCUGAGGAUUCGUGCAGAUCCCAGCAUGCAGAUCUUUUGAAUCUCUGUCAUAUUCGCUCUUUCUGAUACUUUCUUGAUGUUUUCUACCAUACCCUUCUUCACUGUACCAAGCGCACCAACAACCACAGGGAUCACUACGGUUUUCAUAUGCCACAUUCUCUGUAUUUCUAGUUCUAGGUCUUUGUACUUGCAUUUUUUUUUCAGUUUCCUUCAGUGCGAUGUUUCUAUCUGAUGGAACAGUCAUAUCAAUAAGUUUGCAGGUGGAAUUCACUGAAUCUUUAACGAUGAUAUCUGGUCUGUUCGCUGUUAUAGUUCUAUCAGUAUUGACUGGCAUGUCCCACAUGAUGGUGAUGUUGUUAUCUUUAUUGUGUAUCACGGUCUCUGGUUCGUGUUCGUACCAUUUGUCUGUAAUCUCUAUAUCAUGAUCUUUACAUAUGCUCCAAUGGAGAUAUGCUGCAGCAUUAUUGUGCCUGGAGAUGUACUCUGUUUUGGCUAAUACCUUACAUCCAGAUACAAUAUUAUUAUUAUUAUUAUUAUUAAUAUUAUUAUUAUUAAUAUUAUUAUUAUUAUUAUUAUAUUAUUAUUAUUAUUGAAAUGUAACACAGCUCAUGAUACAUUGAAGCUGGUUUCUUCAUAAGUUUCAGGAAGAAGGUGUAACAACAAGUUACCAAGGGAAGCCAAUAAACCCCUGUUUUGGUUUUCUCUUCUCUCCACCUCUCCAGCGCCCCAACAAUACACAUUCAUUUUAUAGAUCAGUCCCAUAGAAUUUCCCAUAUCAAUGAACUAUUAUUUAUUGGCUUCCACAGAAUAUGUACCUGAAGCAACUGUUGCUGCUCAAAGAGGGGGCCAGAAAAACACAAGUAAGAACCACUGUUAUUCUGCUAGUGACAACAUGGUCAGAGAAAGGCCGUUGAAAUCGCGUAAAUUAACAGCUAUCACAUAUAAACCUCCCGUUUGUCGCUUAUAAAAGUCUUACUUUAUUUCUCUAAAAGACUCUGAUCUUGGAGUUAUCUAUCACACACAGCGAGCUUACAUCGUAGUAAUGAAAGGACAAAAUUUGUUACGUCGUCUGGGUGUUGGGCCGUUGUUAUCGAUAGAUCUCAAGUAGUCGCUUUGGAGCGAGAAAUACGGAGGAAAAGUUUAAAUGGCCGCCCAGAGAGUGGUCGUGGUCGGUUAACCGCUGCCCAAUUAGGCCAACUGAAUGAGCACCGUUCUGUCGAGAGAGAGGCGGCGGAGUGAAGCCCUGGAUUUGACAACACCCAGGUUCUUUAUAAAAUUGGGGAAAAACCUUUUUUUGUAGUAGAAUAUGGAAACAGUUAGACUUGCUAGACUUUUUGAAUAAGGAUGAUAAACUGUAGGUCCCUUUCCACAAACCUUUGCUCAUUUAAAAUCUUCUUGGCGCUAAUGAAACCACACACAGUUCGUAAAGAGUAGGGAACUUAGAGCGCGGUGUUAUGAUCCAUGUGAUUGGCCUUGCUGGAUAAGCUUCAAGUGCUUAUGAACGAAUGAGAUCACAACACACGUACAGCAAGAAGUUACUCUUUUAGCUGGGUGCUGGACCUCCCGGUGCCCAGAUACCCAAGAACGAGAGGUUCGACCAUUUUAUUCAUUCUUUAUUGAAACUGUCGAAGUGGAAAGGUUGAACUAAACUACGAUUUCUUGCUACUUGACAUCAGUCACAAUAGUAGUACAUAAAAAUUAUUAGAGAAUGGACAUUACUUGAAUCAAAUAAAAGAAAUUGAAAACAUUUCAUUUAAUUGUUUUUCAUUACUGAAAAAAACCGCCUAAAACCGUUGGUUGUGAUUAUUUUCUUGCAGUGUACAUUGGCACCGGCGUAGCUGCAGGGAUCGUAAUAAUCAUUGUUGGUCUUGUGCUGGCCUACUUUAUUAUGGCGAGGAAAAAGUAAGUCUAUAACUCCAGUCCCAGCUCACAACAUUAGCUUUCAAAAUAGGAAUCUUAUCCCGACUAUGCGGGUUACCUCUCCUUAAAACUAUUUAACCCGCGGGCUGAGAAAGUUACCUGGUCGGGCAAAUGGGGUAACCCGCCUGUACGGGUCGCUCUGAUUUAUCAUAUAAACGUGAUCAAAUUAAAAUGAGAGGUUGUAUUGACAAGCGGGUUACCCCACCUAAGCGGGUUACCUCACCGUACUGGGAUGCCCCACCGCUCAUUAAACAGAUCCUUAGUAACAGAUGUGAAGCUGCACUUUCUUUCUUUAACUCCUGGCCUCCUAAUUUUGAUGUUUCAAUAUCCUCCUACCUCGAAACGGUUGGCAACUUCGUUUCAUUGUAACUUCAUUAAAUUUUGCUGUACGCAUCCUCGGACGAUUUCACGAAUUUUAAUUUCACGACCUUUUUUGUUUUGUUAAAUUGUCAUUUAGAUGGAAAAAAUCGUGACCGUGGAGAUGCUUAGUAGAGAUUUUGUUUGUUGUCUUGUUGUUUUGAUCGAUCGCCGUAUCAAAUAGCAUAAAGCGAAACGCUCUAAUUCAGUUUGUUUGAACUUGGACUUUUGUUUUGUUUUCUUUGCUCGUUUUUGUUGUCAUUCAUUUUUUUUUUUCGAAGAUGUGGGAUGCAUAUUUACACUGUUGCUAACUCAAUGCUUUUGAUUUUUUUUGAUGUAUAGAAGAAGGAGAGACGAACUGGAAAGUAUGCCUAAAGGGGUUGGGAACCCUGUGUUCGACACUGACGAUGGACAACAACCUCUAGAAGAUGUAAAUUAAAUAUAAAAUUAACAAUAGAAUGAUUUGAUGUAAAACUUAAAAUUUAUUUUGUAACUUAGGGUGCGUUUUUGGGAAAAUCCUAAAUAUUUUGAAACCAAAUACGAAUUUUACGUUCAUUAAAAAAAAAUCCAAAUUAAGAAUUCAAGUUGACGUAAUCCACAAAAACAGGAGUAUUGGCUCCUGACAAACGCAAUGCAUUCAUAAAAUCCAAUACAAAAUACGAUUCAGGAUUUGGGAUUAGCGUUUCUUUCAGUACGAAUCUCGCAUGCUUUUUAUAUGAAAUAAAACAAUGGGAUGCAAUAAGUGGCUGUGAGUGGGAUGUAGACGACACUAGAGACCAACGCUAGUCUUUGUGAGAAAAAAUGCCUUUUAAACUAUACCGGUGCGCUCGCCGAGGUUCCUAAAACGGAGCAGUAUAGGAUUUUAGAUAACUAAUUACUUGCCCCUCCACUAAAUCAACAUUUUGCCCCAUGUAAGACAUUACUGCUGCUGCCGAGUUGGGAGAGGGGUAGGGUGAAAAUGAAAAUAUUAAGUCCGCCUCGUUCUAUAGCCUGUUCGGGCAAAUAUUGCCGUCACUCGGAUUUUUCGUCUAUUUCUAUGUAACAAAUUCAAAGCAUUUGAGGUCAAGAUUCGGGCCUUAAAGAAUAACAGCCUAAGAUGAUACGAGCGCGAUAUAUGUGCAGAUGUCCAAUUUAUUGCAGAGAUGCAUAAGUGUGUAGGUGUCAAUGCUAUUACUAGGUAGCCUGCGUUGAAGCCGGCCCACGCACUCGUCCAAACCAUUUGUGAAGGUUAAGAGCGUCUGAGGUGCAGGAAAGGCUAUUAGGCGGUAAAAAAUACAUUUCCAAUGGUAUACUCCAAUAUACUGCUUUGUUUUGUUUUGUUUUGUUAUGUUGUUUUGAACUUUGAUCACAAAAUAACAUUAAACGCUGGUUAAAGAGAAAUGUUAAGUAGGCUCCUUUGAAUGGCGCGCAAAACUGCACUUAAAGUAAAGCAGAGGCAAAGAUAAUACUUCAUCUUUCUAAUAUGUUUAAUGAUUCAUAUCUUUUUUUUUUCUUUUUACUUUACGCUAUAGACACUAGCCCUAGAAAAGUUGAUGUGUUAUUGAUUUCUUAAGUUUGUUCCUAACACUGCUUUCCUUUGCUAACAGUUCUUCAUGAGUGAUGUUGACACGAAUAUGUUCGCAACAGAUGACAACUUUAGAAUAGUGGUAAGCGGUCACAUGAGCAAAGCUAGUGUAAUCUUUGAAAUAUGGCUAUUUAUAUUUUUCGAUUUUUGAUUAUAUUUUCUUUAUACGCCUAGAACGAUGAUAAGGAUAAAAGUUUUACUGGGAGUUGAUGUGUUGAAUCAGAUUCAUCUUUUAGAGAGCGGCAGGUUAAAUUGUUUUCUCUCGUUUCGGUUUGUUAUAGACUAACAAGCCUGGAGCAAUCUCUAUGGAUAAUCCACUCUACCUGUCGGAUCCGUACCAAGACGAAGUAGAAUGCUGACAGCAUGAAAGAGUUUUAAUCCUUGUCCUCGCUUCAAUCCUUUUUAGUUAAACAAGAAAAUUUUUGCAUCUAUGCUGAGCUGAUUUUAGCUAGACAAAAACCUUUCUUAAGUUUUAUUAAUGAAAAGUUGUGAACCUGUAAUUAGUUAUAUUAAAAUAUUUUGAUCUGCAAAGUAACGAAUUACAACGCAAUCACAAAUUACAGACCAGGGUAUGUGAUUAAAUUAUUCUCAGUAAUGCCACAAUAGCUUUUUUCUUUGAGAAAAAAUUGUACCUGAAAAAUAGUCAUAGUUUUCGAGUUUUACUGUUCAACAGUAUCACUGUUCAAAUUUCAGAACCAACGUUAAAAUAUUGCAUCUAAACACAGCUUGGCCAGCAUGUCUCGGAAUUUGACUGUAUUCUAUUACUUCAGUUAGGCUGCUUCGAUUUGCUUGUAGUUGUUUUGAAAUGACUGUCUAUAUAGUUUCAAAUCAAUAUCGAUUUAUAUUGUCAAUAAACAGCUUUUAGUUUAAGUGUUUUGGUAUUAAAGAGAC